ACAGACCUCGCUGAGCACAGGUCCUCGCCUAGGGCGGCACUGCCUCCAAAACACCCAACGUCAGCUCUGGGCAGAUGAGAGCAGACAUUCUCACAAUCCUUGGCAAGGACAAUAGACAUAACGACGUAAUUCAGGUCUGAUCAUCUGCGCUUUGGCGCUGAACUUUGAGCCGACCUCGAUACGAGAGGAUCACAGGGAUAUGGCGAGCGCGACAUCAACUUCGGUGCACGUCGCCAAUGGCGAUGUAACACAGGUCAAUGGCUCUGUGCGGCAACCCACUGGCACAGCAGAUGCACAUAACGGAGGCAUAGCCAUAAAAACUACAGCUCUUGAAGGAUCCACGUCGAGAGACCCGCGGUCGUCAUCGAAGAAGUACAAGCACACAUUCGCCGUACAUGCCAAAACACGACCCUCCGUCUUCAGCGCCGAUGCGCCUAGUUCGCCGUCCACACUCGGGUUCAGGAACCUGAUGGCGCUGGUCAUCAUUACCUCAAACCUGCGAUUGAUGAUAGACAAUUACAGCAAGUAUGGACUUCUCGUAGCGAUCUCCGGCGGAGCAAGCGUUAAAGAGGGGGAUUGGAAGUGGUUUAUAAUCCUCUACAUUCUCACGCCCUGCCAUCUUUUCGUGGCAUAUUGGAUCGAGUGGGGAGCUGCACGAUAUGCAGAGAACGUAAUAGCGAGGAUGAAGAAAGAGGGAGGUGUCGGUGCUGAGCAGGUUAUCAAGGAAGAGAGGGCGAAGAGUAAGAGCUUAUAUUCGACUUGGACAGCGAUUGCCGUCAGCCAUGGUCUGAACGCAACCUUCAUGCUCGCGUUUGCAACAUAUGUCGUGUACUACUGGAUACACAACCCAGGCCUGGGGACGAUUACCGAGCUGCACGCUGUAGUGGUCUGGCUGAAAGUCUGCUCGUACGCUCUCACCAACAGGGACCUUAGACAGGCGUUUCUGCGAUCCGAUGCUGUGAGCGAGCUGCCAGAACUCUAUCAUAAGUGCCCUUAUCCACGGAACAUCAACUUUAUGAACUUGUGCUACUUCUGGUGGGCACCGACCUUAGUAUACCAGCCAGUAUAUCCCCGAACAGACAGGAUUCGCAAGGACUUUGUCAUCAAGCGCGCCGUCGAGUUCUGCGCUCUCUGCAUCCUGAUCUGGGUCACUUGUGCGCAAUACGCCGUGCCUCUUCUCCACAACAGCGUGGACGAGAUCGCAAAUCUUCGAGGCCUGAAGAUUCUGGAGCGCGUCAUGAAGCUCAGCACGAUCAGCCUCGUGUGUUGGUUGGCAGGCUUCUUCGCACUGUUUCAGUCAUUUCUGAAUUUGCUGGGAGAGCUGUUGAAAUUCGGGGACCGAGAGUUCUACUCAGACUGGUGGAACUCCAGCAGUGUUCGUGGGUACUGGACGAGCUGGAACAAGCCGGUUACAAAUUUCAUGAAACGGCACAUCUACUCGCCCCUGGUCGGCCGUGGCGUUCCACCACCCAUGGCGCAAAUUAUUGUUUUCCUCUUCUCUGGGAUACUUCACGAAGCCUUGGUGGGCGUACCCACGCACUGUGUCCUCUGGGUGGCCUUCUUCGGCAUGAUCGGCCAGAUACCGCUCAUCAUCCUCACCGAUGGUAUCAACAAGAUCGGUGGCAACGGGCCGAACGCUAAACUCAUCGGCAACUGUAUAUUCUGGUUGACGUUCUGUAUUUUCGGGCAGCCGCUUGCGGCUCUGGCCUACUUCUUCGCGUGGCAAGAAAAAUAUGGGGCGGGAGUGCAGCUCAAGUACUCGUAGGACUUCAACCUGACUUGUCCUCUCUCUGCGUUCUGUUUGCUCACAGUUUGUGGCUGGUACACAUGGUGGAUAGAAGAUGAUAUUUGGGACGUACUGAGCCGUGAUCUUGAUCGAUACCAAUGACAGAAAUAAAUGCCACUUCCUGGAC